UUUUCCUUUCUCACUCAAGAGAAGGAAGAAGGAAAUGAGCCGACAUGUCUGAGGGCAGCAAGGGGAGCUCGCUGGCCUUCGGCCAGGUGGUAAUCGGGCCUCCGGGCUCCGGGAAGACGACCUACUGCCACGGCAUGCAGGAGUUCCUGGGCAGGAUCGGGCGCAAGGUGACGGUGGUGAACCUGGACCCCGCCAACGAGGCGAUGCCCUACCAGUGUGCUGUGGACAUCGCCGAGCUCAUCACCCUGCCCGACGUGAUGGAGAACUUGAAGCUGGGGCCCAACGGGGGGUUGAUCUACUGCAUGGAAUACCUGGAGGCCAACUUCGACUGGCUGCAGGAGAAGCUGGCUGCGUUCAGGGGUCACUACUACUUGUUCGACUGCCCGGGGCAGGUGGAGCUCUACACCCACCACGACUCCCUGAAGAACGUCUUUGCGCAGUUGGCCAAGUGGAAUUUCAGGCUGGCUGCCGUGCACUUGGUGGAUUCUCACUACUGCACGGACCCCGGCAAGUUCAUCUCGGUGCUCUGCACCUCGCUCUCCACCAUGCUGCACGUGGAGCUGCCCCACGUCAACGUCCUCUCCAAGAUGGACCUGAUCGAGCAGUACGGCAAGCUGGCUUUCAACCUGGAUUAUUACACAGAGGUCCUGGACCUUUCUUACUUGGUUGACCAUUUAGCUUCCGACCCCUUCUUCAGAAAUUACCGCCGCCUCAAUGAGAAGCUGGUGGAGGUGAUCGAGGACUACAGCCUGGUGUCCUUCAUUCCACUCAACGUCCAGGACAAGGAGAGCAUGCAGCAGGUGAUGCGGGCGGUGGACAAAGCCAACGGCUAUUCCUUCGGAGACGAGGAGCACAGGAGCCUCGAAGCUUUGAUGUCGGCAGCGAUGGGAGCUGAUUUCCACUUUACUUCCACUCUUGCAGUGCAGGAGAAGUAUGUGCAAUCUCAAGACAAAGCCGUGGAAGAAGAAGCGAUGGAUCUGUAA